AUGGAAGACACUUCUUUAACCAAUGAAGUUUGUACAAAGCAAACAAAGCAAAACUGUGUUGUUUCUGCCGGCAGUUAUCUUUAUGUUUUUGGUGAGCCGCCAGAAACUAGAAAAUUUGUUGUGAAAGCUGAGAGAUAUGACACUGUAGAUAAGAAAUGGGAGGAAAUCGCAGACAUGCUCGAAGAAAGAGACGACGCUUUUGGUGAAGCCACCGAAGACAAAAUCUUCGUCGCUGGAGGAAAGCAUAGGGAAUCAACAAUCACGCGAUACGAAAACCAGUCGAACGUGACGAAGCAGCUCUUCAAAGGUUGCUUUACGCUCACUCUUGUUAUGUUCAAUCCACUUUUGAGCAAUCUGGAAAACAUCGGCUUCCGUUUUAACAACAAUCUCAUUACUUGA